CUAACGACAGUAACGUAACGUUGCAGACUGACCUCGUGGCUUACAUGUAGCCUGUAGGUGACCAGAUGAGAGUUUUUUGUUUGUUUAAAUAGUUCUAUACGCCUCUGUGGAAAGGAAAUGGUAAACCCGAAUCUAUGUGCCAUCAGUGUGUCUUAUCACAGGGGCGUGAGAAUUAGGAUAAAGUAUCAACACCAAAAGAGGUUUAGUGGGCCUGUAUCAAUCACCAUUAAGAUGAUUUCUUUGCAAUUUUCCUCCAAUUUGCCAAGGAGGCCCUUCGUCUGUAGUAAGUAUGUCAUCAGUAUAUAACCAAUCCUAGAUUGCUAUAUUUUUUGAGAAGUUUUAAUUAGACUGAUCAAAUCAACAAAAUGGCCAACAGGCAGCCAUCUUGGAUUUUGACUGUUUUUCCGACAGGUGGAUUUGCUCAUAGUUUGGGACUAGAAACAGCUGUAAGACAGAAAAUAUUGAAGACACCAGAAGAACUUAGAGAUUAUAUACUGGGUUCCUUGGAAAACUCUGGAUCGUUUUGCCUGCCAUUUGUAAGAGAGGCUCAUGAUGUUUGCUGGGACAAAGAAAAAUUGAUAGAACUUGACAAUUUGUGUGAAGCCUGCACCACAAACCAUGUAGCUAACAGGGCGAGUGUCAGACAGGGACGGUCACUACUGGACACCAGUAGCCAGGCAUUUCGUGUGGAACAAAUCCUGGAGUUGAAGGGGUCACUCGAGUACUGUCAUCAUCCUGUGGUGUUUGGCUGUGUGUGUGGAGCCAUGGGGAUCGACCUACUCACCACACUCACAACCUACCUCUUUAACUCUCUACGCACUGUCAUUGCUGCAGCUGUCAGACUAGACCAGAUUGGAGCAAUCAAGGCACAAGUUGUACAAACAGAACUUCAGUCAAGAAUUCCAGAAAUCCUUGAACGACACAUGAGUCGCAGUACGGAUGAUGCCUGUCUACUUUAUCCCCUGGUGGACGUCUUCCAGAACACGCAUGAUACCAUGUUCUCCAAACUCUUCUACAGCUGAUUAUGACUCGUCUACAUCAAACCGUCUCCUGAGAAGACAUAUUAUCAGGUCAAGGUCACUGUUUCUGGUAUGGCAGUCAAGGUCACAGUUACUGGUAUGGCAAUCAAGGUCACUGUUACUGGUCACUGUUACUGGUAUGGCAGUCAAGGAGAUGACUUUCAAACACAGGAAAUUAAAGAAGUUGUGUUGUGCGACUUUAUGAUCUAAUUCUCUCACUAUCUGUUUUAAAUGAGAAACAAGUUCAAUAUUUUUUUAUGUCAGAAGCUUAAACAAGUGACUUAUAAAUUUAUUUAACAAGUCUAAUUAAUUCUAUAUUUCAUUGACUCAAGUAUUAGAUUCUAUUUAUCAUGCAACUCAUAUUCAUGAGAAAUAUAUGAAAACUUAAAUUUAUUUUCCUAUACAAUUGGCUGAUUUCGAUUUGAAUAGUACUACUUUAUAAUUAUUUAUAUACAAAUAAUGCAUUAUAUCUAAAGAUGGUCUAAUAUAAAUUCUAUGAAAAAUAUUUUUAUAUGCUUACAGAUUUAUUAUUAAAAACGAUACGAUACUCAUGA